AUAGAAGCUUAUCAGAUUCAACUUCUCGAAAAAUCUAAUCAGAUCGAUCGUCUUACCUUUUUUCAGUUCUCUCACACUCUAGCCACUACUCUUCCAGAGAAUGGAGGAAGCGAAGGGUAUGCCAAACACCAGUGUCACGACGGUGCCACUGAGUCAGGGGCUUGAGCGUGGACCUGAACAGGCUAAGCGCCCCUCUGAUGAAAGCAGUGCUCCCAGUGAAGACGUGUUGUUCGCUGCAGGUAUCGGCCUCGAGAAGGAUGACCCAACGCUUCCUUGCCUGACCAUUCGCAUGUGGGUCAUCGGGAUCGCCUUUUGCCUUCUCGGGAGCGGAAAAGCCUGGGAGUAUUCUAUUCCAGACUGGGGUAUCAGUGCUUUCGGGCACCACAUAUCUCUUAAUCCCGGACCUUUCAAUUACAAGGAAAACAUUCUCAUUUAUAUACUUGCAAAUCUCAGCUUCCUCACUCGAUUGAGCGCAGACGUCCUCACCGAGCAGCGUGUUUUCUAUGGUCUCAAAGCAGGAUGGGGCUUCGAGCUGACCAUGACGCUUGCCACCAUUCUUUUCGGCUUCAGUCUAGCCGGCAUAUUUCGUUCACUCGUCGUAGAGCCAGCUAGCCUUGUGUGGCCCGGAGUUCUUGGUAAUACUGCCCUGAACCAUACCCUCCACUCCAGAAAGAACGCAGUGGACCCACACACCGGAUUCAAGAUGUCUCGCUAUCGAUUUUUCAUGAUUGCUUUUUGCGUAUCCUUUUGCUGGUACUGGUUUCCAGACUUCAUCUUUCCAGCUCUAGGCUACUUCACUUUCAUCUGCUGGGCUGCACCGAACAACGCUGUAGUCAACCAAAUCUUUGGCAUGAAGAGUGGGCUAGGCAUAUUGCCUGUCACCUUUGACUGGAGUCAAAUUGCUUACAUUGGUUCUCCUUUGGUUGUGCCGACCUGGGCGAUUCUCAAUGUCCUCGCAUCGCUCAUCUUCUGGAUCUACGUCGUUUCGCCUGCAAUAUACUACAGCAACAAGUGGUCUUCUGCCUACCUCCCCAUCCAGAGUAACUCUGUGUACGACAACACCGGCGCUGUCUACAAUGUCUCUCGUGUUAUCGAUAAGAAGCUCGGCUUCAGCUUCAAUAGUACCAAGUUUGAUGAGUAUUCAGAGGUCGGUCAAGCUGCCAGCUCCUGCGUCGAAGUGCAUUGA